UUUAGCUUGAAGGAUGUGGUUUCAAUUUCAAUCUAAUUCAUUUAUUAUGGCUUUAAGAUCCAAUUUUCAAAAACAACAUACGAUUAGACAUUCCAGACACAAUUUAAAUUAUUUAAGGAUAACCUCAUUUUUGGUAUUAUAGUGUGGAUUCUUAAAUAAUGAGAAAGAGCAAAACAAAACUAAAUCUAGAGGCAAUUUUAUAAGAUUUUGUAAGAGAUUAAAAAGACAAUCAUGAAAUUUGUGCAGUUUGGAUAACGAAAAAAGAUAAUUAAACAUAAUUCGAAUUUUUAUCCCAAUAUCUUCUAAGCUAAUUAAUAUCUUAAAUAAGUUAUGAAACAGAAGGUUAUUUGUAAAAAUUUAUUUAUCCAAAAUGUAUAUUUUUAUGAUAAUUCAUUUAAGCUGAGAAGAAUGAAGUAAUAAAAUGUACAUGGGGAAACAAUUUGUGUUACUUUGAGGUUUUCACUAAUAAAUAUCCAAUUAUGAUGUAGAAAGCAGAUAUUUAUUAAAGAGCAGUGACAUUUGAAACUCCAAACGGGCCUGUUGAAUAAUCAACGUAUAAAUUUAAUUUUUAAGAUAUUUAGUAUAAAAGGAACUUAGUUUUGUUAAAGAUUAGAAUUAUUAUGUGGAUUAAUUAUGUCUCAUGUGAUAAAUGUCACUUAAAACCAAAAAGAAAUCACAUUGAUGGAAUUGAUUUUUAAAUUAUCAAAGAAAGGACAACUAUAUCUAAUAAUAUGUUCCAAUUUAUCAACAUCCAAUGUACCCUGUAAAUUUACAUUACGUAAUAAAUAAAGCUGAUUUUAAGCUGAUUUUUAGAUAACUAAAAAGGUUACUAAAGAACUUCUGAACUAUCCAAAAGCGAUCACAUUAUCUGAUAAUUCUAAAUGUAUUGUUUGUGAUGAAGAGAAAAAUUAAAUAGAAUUUUCAAAAGUUAAAUUAAAAGAGUUGAUUCAUUAUUGGGAAUCUGGGUCUGAUCAUAGAUCAUAAAUUCAAUCACCUAAAUCUCAUAGAUUACAUGCAUAAUUAAUAAAAAUAGAUCCAACUCAAUUAAUACCAAGAGUGAUCAAGUUAAUGUAUCCAAGAAUGACAUUAGAGGAAUAUUAAGAAUUUCGUAAAAACACAGUCUUCAUUAAUUAAACAAUCUCAUUAUGUAGUUAUUGUUUUACUAAACUUUAUUAAAAUGAAGCAGAAAAAGUUAAAGUUAUUCCAAGAAAACAUAAAAGAUUGAUAAGAACUGAAAUCUAUGAAAAUGAACCAAUUAAAUAUGAUCCAAUAACUCCAGGAUCAACAAAGCCCUCAAUCUAUUGCAGUUUUUUACAACAUAAAAUUAUUAAUAACUACAUAAAUCGAAGGUUUAAAUUAUCUAAUGUAAAAAAGGAAUCUUUUCCAAUAGUCAAUAAUUCUAAUUCAUUAUUUAAAACUACUUAAUCUUCUAGAAUUAAAGUUGAAAUAUGA